GUGAGUGCGGAGACAUUAAAUUAUAUUACCGGUCAAUAUUCUGUAAUACAAUUUUCUAUAAAUGUAUGAAUAAUAUCCAAAAGUCAUUAUUUUCAAACGAUUUUAAAUUAUUUUUACUGUGGUCAGUGACUAGAUUUUUUUUUUACUUAAAAUUAAAAAUUUUUAAAAUAUAAUAUAAUUGUAAAAAAUAAUAUUUGUGCAAAUAAAUUAUAUUUAAUCGUGCGUAUAUGAUUUAAAAUCUUAUCUUAUAGAGAUUGAUAAAAUUGUCAAUCUCGUUAUCAACAAUAAAAUUUUUAAAAAAAUAAAACUGAAGGAUUUAAUUUAAUAAAAAAAUUUUUUUUAUCUAUUAAAGUUUAAGAGACUUGGGAGUAUGUGAAUAGAUAUUUUAAAAAAUCUAUUCCUAAGUUAAAAUUUUAAUAAUAAUUAAAAUGUCGAGUAAUAAUUUGAGUAAUUUAAAUAAUAAUGAUCUAUCGAGUACCGCCACAGAGAUAAGUCAUAAUAAUUCCGAGACUGGAAUAAUAAUUACUGGUAGUAAUGAUAAACGAGGUCGUAUGAAUGAAGAUAUUGUUGGUAAAUGCAAUAAAUCAACACAAAUUGAUUUUUGGCAAAUGAAUUGGAGGCAAACGCCAAAUUAUAAUCACGUAUCAAAAAGUAGGCCAUUAUCUGCUGGAUUUUUAUCAAAAUCACACUUGUACAGUAAUUCAAAUUGUUCUAUUGGGAAUAGUUCUAAAAGUCUUCUGUAUUCAUCACAAAGUGAAGUUACUUUGUCACCAUUAAAAACUCAUAGAGUCGGUAAUAAUACCGGGAAAUUUGUUGCAAUAGACAUCGCUAAGAUACCAAAUUUACCAUUUACUACAACUUCGUCAUACUCAACAAAUAAUUUGUCGGGUAAUAAUUCUUGCUGUGUUAAUUGUUGUAAUUGUAAUAAUGUUAAUAAUAGUGAGUCAUUUCAAUUACAACAAAGUGAAUCGGAAAGUCCUCAAGGGUUGUCUUGGAGAAGACUUCAUAUGAGUCGCGCUAAACUAAAAGCUACUGCCACCACUUCAGAAUUACUCAGUGGAUUCGCUAUGGUAGCGAUGGUAGAACUUCAAAUCAAUGAGCCAACAGCAGUUCCUGAGUGGCUCUUCGUAAUGUUUGCUGUCUGCACAACAGUAUUAGUGUCCGUACAUAUUUUUGCAUUAAUGAUAAGCACUUAUUUAUUACCAAACAUCGAAGCAAUAAGUAAACUUCAAAUAUCCCGUUUAAUAACAGAGUCACCUCAUGAGCGAAUGAGAGGUUUCAUUGAAUUAGCCUGGGCAUUUUCAACGGUCCUUGGAUUAUUUCUUUUCCUCGUUGAAAUUGCGAUUCUUUGUUGGGUAAAAUUUUGGGAUUAUUCAUUUAUGGCAGCGAUGGCCAGUACUAUUAUUGUUAUUCCUGUACUAAUUGUAUUUGUUGCAUUUGCUGUACAUUUUUAUCACUCAUUAGUUGUUUUUAAAUGUGAGGCCUCUGUUACUGAUAUGGAAGAAUUAGAGAGUAUUAAAAAAAAUUUAGACAAUGUUACUGUUAAUCAAAGUAGUGUUUGAUUUAGGUAAUAAUGAAUACAUAAAUUUUAAGAGGGUAAGACAGCUUUGAACAAACAAAUUUCAUUAAAUAUUAAGACAGUUUUUUAAAUAAUUUUUAAUUUUAAUAUCAUGAUAAUCUGUAAUUUAUUAUGAAAAUACGAUAGUAUUUAGUGAGCAAAUUAUAAUUCAUUGAAGAUACUCGUGUUAAAAAAAUUAGUGUCAAAAAUAUUCCAAAAAAG